UUUCUGGGAAAAAAAUUCCAUCUCCGAUCAUGUUCAUCUAGAAUACCGAUUGCACUCGCCAUCUCCGCUCCUGGUUCUCUCUCCCUCUCGAAAACCUCCUGCUUUCCUGGCCGGCGCUGAUCCUUCCGGCUGACUUUCUGAUUGCCAUCUCCACCAGACCAAUCCAGGCAAGUUUGAUCGGCGGCGAUUGCGUUUAUGGGAUCUGAGCCCUAGCGUUCCAAUUCCGAUCUUCAGGGCUGACAAGCUACAGAGAUCUGUUUAAUUUCCGGCAGUAAAUUCUUCUGUUUCCUCUUUCCCUAGUUUUCUAUUUUUUCGGUUGCUUCUUGUUUAAUCAUGGACGGGAACAAAGAUGAUGCUUUGAAAUGCUUGAAAAUCGGCAAAGAAGCGUUGGACGCUGGGGAUCAGGCUCGUGCUCUCAAGUUCCUCACCAAAGCUCGCCGCCUUGACCCCAGUCUUGCCGUGGAUGAUCUAUUGGCAGCGGUUGGAAAGGAUUCUGAUGAUCAAUCGGUGCCAAAUUCUUCUGGGUCGACCAAAGACGACGCAUCUCGGUCCACUUCAUCUAAGCCAUCCGAUCAACCUUCAAUUCGCCAGAGGAAUACAUCAAUCGGGUCUUCAUCGUCGUCUCCAUCAUCAGCUUCUGUUUAUACAGAAGAGCAAAUAACAAUUGUGAGGGAAAUCAAGAAGAAGAAGGAUUAUUAUGAGAUAUUAGGAUUGGAGAAGUCAUCUUCUGUGGAGGAUGUUCGAAAGGCUUAUCGGAAACUUUCUCUGAAGGUUCAUCCUGACAAGAACAAAGCCCCCGGAGCUGAGGAGGCAUUCAAGGCAGUUUCUAAAGCGUUUCAAUGUCUUAGCAACGAAGAGAGCAGGAAGAAAUAUGACCUUGUGGGAUCUGAUGAGCCGGUAUAUGAGAGGCGGGCUUCAAGGUAUCAUGGAGCUCAAUCAUUUAAUGGAUUUUAUGAUGCUGAUUUUGAUGCUGAUGAGGUAUUUAGGAAUUUCUUCUUUGGAGGAAUGCCUCCUGCUACUACCCAUUUCCGCAGCUUUAAUUUUGGGCCUGGGAUGGGAGCAAGAAUGGGCGAUAAUGGCUCUGGUGGUUUCAACAUUCGCACAUUGAUUCAAUUAUUACCGGUGUUACUCAUCCUCCUUUUGAAUUUUUUGCCAUCUUCGGAGCCGGUUUAUUCACUGUCUCGCUCAUACCCUUAUGAGUACAAAUUCACAACUCAAAAGGGAGUGAAUUAUUAUGUGAUGUCAACAAAGUUUGAGGAGCAUUACCCUCCUAAUAGUCAUGAGCGUCUACGGCUUGAGGAGCGUGUUAACAGGGAUUAUUUCCAAGUGUUGGCACAAAACUGUAGGUUUGAGCUGCAGCGGCAGCAGUGGGGCUUUAUUCGUGAGACACCACAUUGUGAUUUGUUACAGAAGUUUCAGUCUGCAGCUUGAUGGCUAAGAUUUGAGGUCUCUUUGAUUUAUUUUUACUUUGAUUUAGCUUGCAUUCUGUUAAUUCAAAACUUUAGAUGAUGGUUGUCUACUUGUUUUGAGGAUAAUAUUAGUUUAAGGAAACAUAAUAAGUAUGUUUCAUAAGCAUGAGUAUUUGAGAUACUGUUUUAACUAAAGCAUAGAAAUGAGCUUAUUGGCAUCUCUGUUGCUAUGUUUUUAUGAAUGUUGAUGCAUUUGGUUUUGAGGAUACAUGUUUAUAAUACGUUCUGCAUCUUAGGUUCUUAAAAGUAUUACUCAUAACCUUUUUAUUGUAAUAGAAUAGAAGAAUGAGUCUGGU